AUGGCAGUCGAAGCCGUCGGACCCCGCGAUCGCGAUAUGGGAUUGGGAGGUGAAGCACUCACACCGAAAAACCACGCUGGAAAAUCCUUCAUGCGCAUCCGAACAACCACGCCGACGCCCUCGCACCCUAAAAUGCCCGGAAGCGCGGCAGGCACGCGGGCUGGCUCUCACCGCGUCGCGGUUCCCGCUACCGCCGCGACCCCAUAUCUGGUCCGUGCGAUCCCUGCAAAGAUUUCUGAAUCUCUGCGAGACCCUCGAAAAAUUCCUGUCGCAGCCAUUCCCACCGUCUCGACGCCCCCAAUUGCUUCUUCGCCAGCGCCUCGUCUUGCCUCCAGAAUCACCCCAGGCACGAUGUCGUCACGCAAACUUGAUGGCGUUCACUCGCUGAGCGCGCUGCUCGAGAAGCAAGGCCAGGAGUCCGCACGGCCCAAGAGCAAAUUCGCCCGGAACACACAGGCGAAGGCUAAGGCCGAAAAGUUCGAUCCUCGCGCUCAAGAUUCCGAUUCCGAUUCCGACGACAGCUCCAGCAACAGUGACAGCAGCGAUGAUGAUGGCCCAGCUAAUCCAGAGUUUUUCGCCAAGAUCAAUGGUCAAAUGGCGUCAAGCAAACCCGCCAGCACCCCUCUGAAGAAGGCCAAGCGCGGCAAGGACGAUGAGGUCGCCGAUAGCGACGUCGAACACAAGACCUCGACCGCGAAGUCCACUACCACCAAGAAAGCCCCAGUGAAGCCCGAGAGCUCGUCCGGAGAGUCUUCUGCAGAUGAGGCGGCGGCGGAAACGGACUCAUCUGACUCGAGUGACAGUGAGAGCGAAGGCGAGCCGACCGAGAAGAAGCCGGCGCAGAAUGCCGCAAAGAAGACGCCAGCCACCAAUGGCACUUCCACAACCUCUUCAAGCGAUUCGGAGAGUGAUUCCGAGAGCGACAACGAAAAGACGAGCAAGCCCAAAGCCAAGCCUACGGUCAAUGGCGCGAAGACAACCAAGCCAGCUUCGACCAGUUCGAGCGAAGCAAGCUCCAGCAGCGACGAGGAGAGCUCCGAGGAUGAGGCAGAGGAAGAGGAGGAAUCUAGCUCUGACGAGGAGGAAUCCGAAAAGGAGACCGCUGCUGUCGCCCCCAGACGCAACAGCAAGGACCUCAACGUCCCUGGUUUCGUCGGCAAGGAUUUUGUUCUGAGACAAGCGCAAGGCGAUGAGGAUGGCAAGGACAUGACCGACUUCUUCACCAAAGCCAAGCUUGACGGCAAGCAGCUCUGGUACUUCACCGCACCGGCUUCCAUCCCCAUUAAUGUUGUAGAGAAGCUCCAGAUCCCCUUGGACAAGGCGCAUAAGGGAGAGGCUAUCUUCAAGCACAACUCGGAAGACUACACUGUCGGCUUUGACGUUGGUGCCACUGCGGUAGAGCUUCUCAUUCCCAACAAGAAGGGCAAUCGCUAUGAGACAGCCCCCAAGAAGGUCGACAAGGUCCUGCACGUCAAGCGCGUGACCCAGUUGGUUGGUAGCGAGCCUGGUGCUCCCAGACCCGUUCAGCCAAACCUUCCGCGUCCUCAGCCGCAGGGUUUGAGAGCUCGCUUCCACCCCAUUGGUGUCCCCGAUGACACCCCGAUGGGUAAGAUCGGCUUCGACGAAUCGUCCGACGAAGAUGUUGAGAUGGCUUCCGCCCCCGCUCUGCCGACCCGCACCAAGAAGUCUAAGCACGCCCAGCCCGCGGCUCCUGCAGGUGAUGCCAUGGACAUCGAUGAGCCUACUCCCAAGAGCUCGAAGAAGGACAAGAAGAAGUCCAAGGCCACCAAGGAUCCUGUUCAGGACUCUCAGUCCACCAUCAUUGAGGUGCCCAACUCGCAGCCUCUGCCCACCACCAAAGAGAAGCAGAGCAAGAAGCGACGCGAUAGUAUCGAGUCCAUCUCGAGUGUGGGAUCCAACCCCAAGCCGACCCUCGCUACCCCUAGCCAGUCCAAGAAGGCAUCCAAGCGCAAGCUGCCUACAGACGAAGAGGAAUCCACUCCGGCCCAGUUGUCCAAGGAGAAGGCCAAGAAGGUCAAGCGUGACGCUUCAUCUCAGGAUGAUGUCGCUCAGGGUUCUGCCAAGAAGGUCACCGCCAUCCCGCUGCCCACCAUCCCCAAACCGAGCUUCUCUUUCUCGAGCCUCCCCGCUGGCUCCAGUCCGGCACCUGAGACCUCGACCCCGCAGCCGAAGACCAAGCCGAAGAGCUCGAAGAAGUCCAAGGCUGAUGAACCGGCUUCGUCCCGCAAGGAGACACCCGUUCAGCCUCCCGGUAUUCGUCGCGAAUCCGCGGUCCCAAUCCCUCAGGUCCCCUUCAGGUCCUCUCCCGCAGCCGAGGAGACGCCCAAGAAGGAGAAGCGCAAGCGGAGAAAGUCUGAGAAGACGGACGAGCCCAAGUCGAGCAAGAAGGAGACCCCCGUUCCGGUGCCUGGUAGCAGCUAG